AUGGCGUUGAAUGUUCAUAUUCAACGAAGUCAUGUACGAGUCAAAGGGAAGGAAAAAAUAAUUUGUUGGAGCUUAACGAAAGAGCAACAAGACUCCAACGACUUCAAUUUGAAUUUCAGUGGACUUCAAGAGGAUGUAGAUGAUGAAUAUCUUCAGAUAUGUCUUGAUGAAUAUGGACAUGUCAUUUCUCAGUUGUUCAAACAAGGCCAACGGUCAUCUUUAGUGAAAUUUCUGAAUGAAGAAGAAGUGCAAAAUGUGUUUAACAAUCGCGACAGAAUUCAAGACGAAAUUGGUGGUGAAGAUUUUGAUAUCGAGUAUCAUUCGUUGAAGCCGAAGUUAAAGACGAAUGUCAUUGUUAAUAACAUUCAUGAAGAUUUAGUCGAUAACGAAGACUUUGAACAGUGGUUAAAUUAUUAUGGAGACAUUACACGAUAUGUCCUUCGAGACGUACAAAAGGGGUACCACACCAAAUCACUUCUUGUGAAUUUCAUGAAUGAAAAAGACGCAGAAAAUUUCAUUAAAGACGUGAACGGGAAGGACGUAUUCACGUGCGACAAACCUUUAGAAGCAAAGUUGUGUAAGUCCCCCAAUGAAAUGAAAAGAGAGAAGAAAAAGAAAGAAAUACCACUUGAAUAA